AUGUCUCACUCCUCCCCGGAACCGUUCGUCGCAUCGCCUUCGUCUCCCAAUAAUUCCUUGAAGCAAUAUUCCCGCUAUACCUACCGCCAGUUACAGCUUCUCCGCCAGGGCUCGACUGCCUCCCCCCUUCGCGCGAUUGCGCACAUCGAUCUAGAUGCAUUCUACGCCCAAUGUGAGAUGGUGCGGCUUCAGACGCCGCGGGAGACACCCCUCGCCGUACGGCAGUGGGAUUCUCUCAUCGCAAUCAACUACCCUGCGCGAUCUUUCGGGAUCACUCGAAUGAUCAACGCAAAUGAGGCGAAGAAACUCUGUCCCGAUAUUGUUUUGCAGCACGUCGCAACUUUCCGAGAAGGGGAAGGUGGGAAAUGGGCCUACAGGGAUGACGCCUUCCAUAAAAUAAGUACGGAUAAAGUGUGUCUGGAUCCAUAUCGGGCAGAAUCUCGGAAGAUUCUGAAAGUGAUGAAGGAGGAGUUGACCCGAUGGUACGAGAGUUUGGUUGAUGCUGAAACUGGGUUAGGGCCCCUGUUUCAGAUCCAGCCAGCCGCACUCGAAAAAGCCAGCGUCGAUGAAGUGUUCGUUGACUUGUCACCGUUAAUCUAUGGUCUUCUACUUCAAAGGUAUCCCGAAUUGCGGACUGAAGUUCAGAGCGAUGACCGCAUCACGCCUUUGCCUCGGCCCCCGACAACGGCAUUGGAGUGGGAUCCCCAAGACGGCUUGAUAGAUCUGGAUAAAAACGAGACAGAAUUCGACGAUCCCGACUGGGACGAUAUUGCAAUGCUUAUCGGUGCCGAGUUGGUCCGAUCGCUACGGAAUGCCGUUUGGAACAAGCUCAGUUACACUUGCUCCGCGGGCGUUGCCAGAAACAAGAUGAUGGCAAAGCUGGGAAGUUCCACUCAUAAGCCCAACAAGCAAACUGUUGUACGCAAUCGUGCUGUCCAGAACUUCCUUGGCGGGUUCAAGUUUACCAAAAUCAGGAUGCUUGGUGGUAAGCUAGGGGAUCAAGUCUCUGCUCAGUUUGGCACGGAGCAAGUAAGCGAUCUGCUAGCAGUUUCUCUCGAGCAAUUUCGAGCCAAGCUUGACGAUGAUACUGCUGCGUGGUUGUACAAUAUUAUUCGAGGGGAUGACAGAAGUGAAGUCAAUCCGCGAACGCAGAUCAAGUCGAUGUUGUCGGCGAAAUCAUUUAGACCGAGUAUCAACUCCGUCGAUCAGGCUGACAGGUGGUUGAGAAUCUUCGCCGCCGACAUAUAUGGACGUCUCGUUGAAGACGGCGUGCUUGAGAAUAGACGCCGCCCGAAGACCAUUACGUUGCAUCACCGGCAGGGCGCACAAGUUUACUCGCGCCAAAAUCCCAUCCCCGGAUCGUCUCCGAUCGACGAAAACCUUCUUUUCGACCUUGGUAAAACACUGCUGCGACAGGUUGUGGUGGAUGGACGGGCCUGGCCCUGUGCAAAUCUGUCUUUGAGCGUUGGCAGUUUCGAAGACGGGGUCGCAAAGAACCAAGCGAUCGAGUCCUUUCUUCUCCGUGGGGAACAGGCUAAACGCAUCAGACAUGAUGCAAAAGAGCUCGAUGCAAAUGAGCCAAGUGAGCCUCAGCCACCGACAGAAAAGCGGCGCAAGAUAGAUGACAACGGAAUAAGGCGCUUCUUUGUCCAACCCACGGAUAUCGCCAAUAAAUCUCAGGCGGAUGAGCAUGAAGCAACGAAGGAAGACCCUCCAGGUCCGUCUUCACCGGUGCCGCAGUCGCCACAGAUAAUACCUGGGCUUUACACAUGCGAUAGAUGCAGCAAGUCCAUUCCCGAGACCGAAAAGGAUGAACACGACGAUUGGCACUUUGCCAAGGAUCUAGAGAAUCAAGAAAUCCAAGCAGCAAGAAACUCUAAUCAAGUACCGCAACCACCAAGCAACACAGGGUCGUCCAAUUCUCGGGGCAAGAAUAGCCGUAACAAUCGUGAUAAACCGGAAAAGGGACAGAUGCGACUCAAGUUCGGAUAGCCAUGGGUUACCUACCUUGUGGCCUUGUCUGGCUGAAUUCUGUGCUCUCUAUAAACAUGGGCAGAAGGCAACGCCGCUUCUUAGCCUUAUGUUUCGCUGGUCUAUCCAUGCGCCAUGGUUCUCUUGGUGUAGAUACCAAGACUAGAUCUGCGCCAGGCACAUGGGUUUGACAUGAAAUGAAAAGGCUCUUGUCUUGCUUAAACUAGCCUGAGAACGAGUGACUCAACUAAGACGAGCCAUGCCUCCAGCGAGUUGAUAAAAGUUUCGCCGUGCUGUUCCUGGGAAUAGUCCUACCAUCACAUGAAUGAUACUAUGUAACAGCCGCUCAUAAGCUGCAAUAUGCGACUCAGCAGCUUCUUUCUGGAUAUUCAGCGAACAACCAAAUUAGUUGUUGAUCAGUAAAACUGUGAUAUUGC